AAAAUCUGCUUGAAAAAUAUCUUCCUUAUCGUCUCCAUGCGCGCCUAGUGCUCUUCCAUCUCCCAUCAUCCCGAGGACCCAAAGCUCAUGUCUCCGAUGGCAGUCUCCUCCUCACCAUUACCCUUCCUCUCCUCUUCUUCCUCCUUCACGUGCCAUCUCCGCCGAGCGGGCACCGCCACCGCUACGGCAGCGUCAUCUGCUUCCGAAGACUUCGACUACCCUCUCGCCGACCCUUCCGUUCGAUGGCCUCACCUCCGCUUCCCGCACCUCCCCGCGCCGCGCUUCCCCGCCACCGUCACCGCGGCACCUCCGGUCCCCGCCAGACCACCACCCCAGGAAGUGGAGGACCCCGCGGCGACCUCCGCCUCCGCCUCCGCACCUUCACUCGUGGAGCCACUGGACGCGCGUGCUCAUCGCGGGAGGGUGAAGAAGCUGAGCAAGCUCGCGCUGCGGCGGGCGCAGGACUGGCGCGCGCGCGUGGCCGGGCUCGCGGACGCCGUCCUCGCGCUGCCUCCCGGGGCGCCCGUCGACGACGUGCUCGACGGCGCUCGGGCAACGCCGGACGAGGUCGCCUUCGUCGUGCGCGCCGUCGGGGAGAGCUCCUGGCGGCGCGCGCUGGAUGCCUUCGAGUGGCUCGCCCGGAGCACCGCCCCGGCUUCACGCGCCGUCGCCGUCGUCCUUGGCGUCCUCGGCCGCGCGCGCCAGGAUUCGAUCGCGGAGGAGGUCUUCCUCCGCUUCGCUGGAGAGGGCGCCACUGUUCAGGUGUUCAAUGCCAUGAUGGGCGUUUAUGCACGCUCUGGCCGAUUCGAUGACGCACGGCAGCUGCUUGACACAAUGCACGACCGGGGGAUCGAUCCUGACCUCGUCAGCUUCAAUACUCUAAUCAAUGCCAGGUCUAAGUCUGGGUGUUUGGCUGCUGGCGUCGCCCUUGACCUCCUAUUUGAAGUCCGACAAUCUGGGCUAAGGCCAGAUGUUAUCACUUAUAACACGCUCAUCAGUGCUUGCUCACAGAGUUCUAAUCUGGAAGAUGCUGUGACGGUGUUUGAGGAGAUGAUAGCUUCAGAGUGCCGGCCAGAUUUGUGGACAUACAAUGCAAUGGUGUCGGUGCAUGGCCGGUGUGGGAAGGCUGAAGAGGCUGAGCGGCUGUUUGGGGAGCUGGUGGAGAAGGGUUUUAUGCCUGACGCGGUCACUUACAAUUCUCUUCUCUAUGCUUUUGCAAAGGAAGGGAAUGUUGACAAGGUGGAGCACACAUGUGAGGAAUUGGUUAAGGCUGGGUUCAAGAAGAAUGAAAUAACAUACAACACCAUGAUUCAUAUGUAUGGGAAAAUGGGCAGGCUUGACUUAGCAGUGGGUCUGUAUGAUGAGAUGAGGGCUGUGGGCUGUACUCCAGAUGCUGUGACGUAUACGGUCAUGAUUGAUUCUUUGGGGAAGAUGGAUAAGAUUGCUGAGGCAGGGAAGGUACUGGAGGACAUGGCAGAUGCGGGAUUGAAGCCAACUUUAGUAGCUUUUAGUGCUCUGAUUUGUGCAUAUGCCAAAGGUGGGAGGCGGGCUGACGCGGAGAAGACAUUUGAUUGCAUGAUUGCAUCAGGUGUCAAACCUGAUCGUUUAGCAUACUUGGUUAUGCUGGAUGUUUUUGCAAGGUCAGGUGAGACGGAAAAAAUGUUGCGUCUGUAUCGAACAAUGAUGAAUGAUAAUUAUAGGCCAGAUGAUGACAUGUACCAGGUCUUGCUUGUUGCACUUGCAAAGGAAGAUAAGUGUGAGGAGAUUGAAGAAAUUAUCCAAGACAUGGAAUUACUUUGUCAAAUGAGUCUGGGAGUAAUAUCAACAAUACUUAUCAAGGCGAGGUGUGUUUCCCAGGGUGGUAAACUAUUAAAAAAGGCAUGUCUCCAGGGAUACAAGCCUGAUGCUAAGAGCUUAUGGUCCAUUAUGAAUGCAUAUGUAAUGACAGAAAAGCAUGAGGAAGGUCUCUCUUUGCUUGAAUGCAUCCGUGACCAUGUUUCCAGUUCCCAGGAUUUGAUAUCAGAAUGUUCCAUCAUACUUUUAUGCAGAAAACAGACGAGCAUUUCUGCCUAUGAACAGUACAGUCAAAGGUUAAUGUUAAAAUACCCUGGUCAAAACUGUAACCUGUAUGAGCACUUGAUUACAUGCCUCGUGGAAGCUGAGUUAUUUUCUGAAGCUUGUCAAGUGUUCUGCGACAUGCAGUUUAUUGGCAUAGAAGCUUCUAAAAAUAUUUACGAGAGUAUAAUUUCCACCUACUGUAAACUGGGAUUUCCAGAAACAGCACAUGGGUUGAUGGAUGAUGCUUUGCAAUCUGGUAUUCCAUUAAACAUUCUCUCGUGUAGGGUAAUUAUAAUUGAAGCAUAUGGGAAUAUAAAACUCUGGCAGCAAGCAGAAAUCUUGGUGAAAGGGCUGAGGCAAGCAUCAGGUAUCGAUAGAAGGAUUUGGAAUGCUUUGAUACAUGCAUAUGCAGAGAGUGGACUUUAUGAGAAAGCAAGGGCAGUCUUUGAUAAUAUGAUUAAAACAGGUCCUCUGCCAACUGUUGAUUCAGUUAAUGGAAUGAUGAGGGCAUUGAUUGUUGAUGGCAGAUUGGAUGAGUUGUAUGUAGUUGUAGGAGAGCUUCAAGAUAUGGACUUCAAGAUCAGCAAAAGUACAGUGCUCCUUAUGCUUGAUGCUUUUGCAAAAGCUGGGGAUGUAUUCGAGGUAAUGAAAAUCUAUAAUGGAAUGAAGGCUGCAGGAUACCUGCCAAAUAUGCACCUCUACAGAAGUAUGACUUCCUUGCUCUGCCAUCACAACCGGUUCAGGGAUGUUGAGUUGAUGAUUGCAGAGAUGGAGGGAGCAGGGUUCAAGCCAGAUCUUUCUAUAUUUAAUUCUCUUCUUAAUAUGUACACCGCUGCUGGGAACUUUGAUAGGACAACACAAGUAUAUCAAAGUAUUCUCGAAGCUGGCUUAGAGCCUGAUGAAGAUACAUACAAUACAUUGAUAGUCAUGUACUGUAGAAGCUUGAGGCCAGAAGAAGGUUUUACACUAUUGAAUGAAAUGGGCAAACGAGGCCUGACACCAAAGUUGCAGUCCUACAAAAGCUUGCUUGCUGCAUCUGCAAAAGCAGAGCUGAGGGAGCAAGCUGACCAGCUUUUUGAGGAAAUGCGAUCUAAGAGUUAUCAAUUGAAUAGAUCUAUCUAUCAUAUGAUGAUGAAAAUUUACAGGAAUGCUGGCAACCACUCCAAAGCUGAGAACUUGCUGGCAGUAAUGAAAGAGGAUGGCAUAGAGCCAACAAUUGCCACUAUGCAUAUCCUCAUGACUUCUUACGGGACUGCUGGGCAACCUCACGAAGCUGAGAAUGUACUGAACAGUUUGAAAUCUUCCAGUUUGGAAGUCAGCACGUUACCAUACAGUACUGUCUUUGAUGCCUACCUGAAAAACGGUGACUACGAUCUUGGAAUAAAAAAACUGCUGGAAAUGAAAAGAGAUGGUGUAGAACCAGAUCAUCAAGUUUGGACAUGUUUCAUUAGGGCAGCUAGUUUGUGUGAGCAAACUGCUGAUGCUAUUCUUCUUCUAAAGUCUCUACAGGAUUGUGGAUUUGACCUCCCCAUUAGGCUCCUGACUGAAAGGACACCAUCACUGUUAAGUGAGAUCGCCAAUUAUCUGGAAGAGCUUGAAGCAUUAGAAGAUUCUGCUGCUUUGAACUUUGUAAAUGCAGUAGAAGAUUUGUUGUGGGCAUUUGAAUGCCGAGCAACAGCUUCACGGAUUUUCCAAUUGGCAGUAGAGAGAAGCAUAUACCGCGAUAAUGUCUUUCGUGUGGCACAAAAGGACUGGGGCGCUGACUUCCGGAAGCUGUCUGCUGGGGCUGCACUUGUUGGUCUUACAUUGUGGCUUGAUCACAUGCAAGAUGCUUCACUCCAGGGUUCACCAGAAUCUCCCAAAUCUGUUGUACUGGUCACAGGGGAGGGGGAAUAUAACAUGGUAUCCCUGCGUAAAACAAUCAGAGCCUACCUUUUGGAAAUGGGCUCCCCGUUCUUACCAUGUAGAGCUCGGUCAGGUCGCUUUGUGGUAAAGGCCUACUCUCUUAAGAUGUGGCUGAAAGAUUCUCCUUUCUGCAUGGACCUUGAGUUAAAAGAUGCUCCAGCUCUUCCUAAAUUAAACUCAAUGAAGCUGAUUGAAGGAUAUUUCAUGAGAGCUGGUCUUGUAUCGGCAUUUAAAGAUAUACAUGAGAAACUUGGGGAAGUAUGGCCAAAAAAGUUUUCCAGGUUAGCUCUUUUGUCAGAAGAAUGUAGGGACGAGGUUAUCAAGGCUGAUAUAAAAGGAAGGAAAGAAAAACUGGAGAGAAUGAAAAAGAAGGGUAUUGUUACAGCAAGAAAAUCUAAAAGAAGAGCACAAAGAGGAAAGUUUGUUAGGGAACAGGAACAAAACAUGAAAGUAGUAUUGGAUUAGUCGCGGCCUGUUAUUAUUUGCUUCAACUUGGUAUUUCCUCAAGCAGCACCCGGCAUCUAUAUGAAAAUUUUCUGAUAGGGGGUGGGGGGAAUAAAGAAGGAACUAUGGCAUUGCUGCUAUUUUAGCAUUGGUUAUGGUUGGUUCUGUAGUGGAACAAACGACGUGGUUCAUGUUCUUCAAGAUUUACUGAGCAAUGAGCACCGCUGAGUAACCAGCUCAUACCGGUGCGCACCUACGCAGUGUGCCUUGGGCUGCGCUCGAAUGCUUUCAUGUGGAGCGCACUGGUGCGGCAGUAUGAUUGGUGAUUGCUGCAGUGUGGCCUUGCCAUGGAAGCUGGGAGCUUCUACAAACAAAUGGUGAGGGUCGGUGAGAAGGAAAAUGACUCCUGCUUCACUAAUGUGCUCAGAUUCGGUGGCCUUGUGAUUCUCGAGCAUGGCAAGAUGGUUCGUUGUCGCAUCAUGAAGUCUAGGUUUUGUUUUCAGAUGAUGUACUUCAAGUGUGGCAGGCUGACAGCUCAGUUAAUACUCAGAUUGUCGAGGACACAAUGAUGGGAAAAUAGGUUUGAUCGAGUAUUCAAGUUAAUACAGAGCUACUUGUUUGCAUGGCUGCUUUGAAUCCGGUGAAUUCAUUUGCUUCUUAUGACAAGGAAAAACCUUGCAAAGUUUUAUCCUCAAGAUUUGACAAGUACAGAUUUGGUCCAACUUUCUUCCCAUCUUAUUAUGUUUAUUUAUUGUUGAUAUGCAUAAUGACACAAGGUUUAUUUAUUGUUCGAACUCAAGGUUUUUAUUGUCAAUUCACAAAUUGUAAUUUUUGUUUGUUGUUGUUGAGUCAGAAUAGAUCGAUAAUGUAUUAAUGUUUUGACUAUAAACUUUUGCAUUUGUUGAUGCACUUGGUUUUAGGA